GGGGGCCGGAUGAGACCCUGCAGGAGCCUGCCAAUAACAGCCCGAGUUGGAGGCUGCGCGUACUACGGAGCCACACUGGGGUCUCAGCGCGCAUCGCACACCGAGGGAGCAGGCGGGCACAGCGGAGUCUUCCCCCCCAGGGAGAGAGAGAUCUAACACGGCGUCGACUGCAAAGACAAACACGGACUGUGGUUAAUUCCUUUAGGCGGCAUUAGAGUCCUGCACAGCCCCGGUGGAGGCGCCUGGACCGACACAGUGUGGCACCGCGCUCUCCUCUCCUCAAAUCGUGAGUAGCCACCGCGCGUAUACCUGGGAGGACCAGAGGCUGUGUCAGUGUUUGUGGUGUUUGCAUCUGGAUUAUCACUCAACAAACACACACACACACACACACACACACAUAUAGAUAAACACGCACACACACAAGUGGCCAAGCGACGCUGGAGUCAAAUCACGGGGAUUACAAUUGUUUGUAAAGCUCUCGGGCUGAGCUGCGCGCGUCAUCUUCGUCUGAGCAAAGUGCUGAGAAACCUGCUCCCCCACCCCCUGGACUUUGGGACCCGAGUGAGGAGCUGCUCGGGGAGCUGCACCUGACAGGAGGAGGAAUCCGCGGGAGAGAGGAGCCAGAUUUGAGCCGCGGAAAGGGGGUGAAAGUGAGAAUCCUGCGAGAAUGCCUCUUGCACAGAUCGCAGAGCCAUGGCCCACCAUGGAGCUGGUGCAGCUGGAGACGGAGAAUGGGCAGAGCACAACUGAUGACGGAGUCACACCUGCUGUCAAGGAAGAUGGCGACAUCAAGGAGAUCAACAUUACUCAUGUGGUCAAAGAGGGAUCCGAGAAGGCCGACGCCUCUCAGUUUGAGCUGCUCAAAGUGUUGGGACAGGGGUCUUUUGGCAAGGUGUUCCUGGUGCGAAAGGUGACCCCUCCAGAUGACAACCAGCUCUAUGCCAUGAAGGUCCUGAAGAAGGCCACACUCAAAGUGAGAGACCGUGUGAGGACCAAGAUGGAGAGAGACAUUCUGGCAGACGUCAACCAUCCGUUUGUCGUCAAACUGCACUAUGCAUUCCAAACCGAAGGAAAGUUGUACUUGAUCCUGGACUUCCUCAGAGGAGGAGACCUCUUCACGAGACUCUCUAAAGAGGUGAUGUUCACAGAGGAGGAUGUGAAGUUUUAUCUGGCAGAGCUGGCCUUAGGACUGGACCAUCUCCACAGCCUGGGCAUCAUUUACAGAGACCUGAAGCCUGAGAAUAUUCUCCUGGAUGAGGAGGGACAUAUCAAACUCACAGAUUUUGGUUUGUGUAAAGAAGCCAUCGAUCAUGAGAAGAAAGCAUAUUCCUUCUGUGGCACUGUGGAGUACAUGGCACCGGAGGUUGUGAACAGGCAGGGACACACCCACAGCGCAGACUGGUGGUCAUACGGAGUACUGAUGUUUGAGAUGUUGACAGGAGCGCUGCCAUUUCAAGGGAAGGACCGCAAAGAAACGAUGAGCCUCAUUCUGAAGGCGCGUCUGGGAAUGCCUCAGUUCCUGAGUUCAGAGGCCCAGUCGCUGCUAAGGUCUUUGUUCAAGAGGAACCCUUGCAACAGACUGGGAUCUGGUGCUGACGGUGCAGAGGAGAUCAAACGACACGGUUUCUACUCCACCAUAGACUGGAAUAAACUCUUCAGGAGAGAAGCAAAGCCUCCAUUCAGGCCGGCGGUGGCGCGACCAGACGACACAUUCUACUUUGACUCCGAGUUCACCUCCCGCACCCCUAAAGACUCGCCUGGCGUGCCCCCAAGUGCCGGAGCGCACCAGCUUUUCAGAGGCUUCAGUUUCAUCGCGUCGACUCUGUUGGACGAGGAGGGUUUGGUGGAGCCAGUGCAGCCGCCGCCACAUCCGGUGGUCCAGCAGCUACACGGGAAGAACCUGCUGUUCAGCGACGGCUACGUACUAAAGGAAGAUAUCGGCAUGGGCUCCUUCUCCGUUUGCAAACGCUGCGUUCACAAAGCCACCAACACAGAAUACGCCGUCAAGAUGAUUGACAAGACCAGCACAGACCCCUCUGAGGAGAUAGAGAUUCUGCUUCGAUAUGGACAACACCCCAACAUCAUUACACUGAAGGAUGUGUACGACAACGGUAAGCAGGUGUUCCUGGUGACGGAGCUGAUGCGCGGUGGCGAGCUGCUCGAUCGGAUCCUCAAACAGAAGUUCUUCUCGGAGCGAGAGGCCAGCGCUGUGCUUCACACCAUCACCAAGACCGCGGAGUACCUGCACUCACAGGGGGUGGUGCACAGAGACCUGAAGCCCAGUAACAUCCUCUAUGUGGACGAGUCGGGGAAUCCAGAGUCAAUCAGGAUCUGUGACUUCGGCUUCGCAAAGCAGCUGCGGGCCAACAACGGCCUGCUGAUGACGCCCUGCUACACCGCUAACUUUGUGGCCCCCGAGGUGUUGAAGCGUCAGGGCUACGAUGAAGGAUGCGACAUCUGGAGUCUGGGAGUCUUACUCUACACCAUGCUGGCUGGUUUCACUCCAUUUGCCAACGGACCAGAGGACACCCCCAAUGAGAUUCUGAGCAGGAUAGGCAGCGGCCGCUUCAGCCUGAUCGGCGGAAACUGGGACACUGUGUCUGAUGCUGCCAAGGAGCUCGUGUCCAAGAUGCUUCAUGUGGACCCUCAUCAGAGACUGACUGCCAAGCAGGUCCUCAAGCACCCCUGGAUCGUCCAGAGGGACAAACUACCCAACAGCCAGCUCCCACACCAGGACCCCAAACUGGUCAAGGGUGCAAUGGCUGCCACCUACUCCGCCCUGAAGAACUCCCAACCAACUCCAGAGCUCAAGCCCAUCGAGAGCUCCUUCCUGGCUCAGAGGCGCGUCAAGAAGCUUCCCUCUACCUCCCUGUAGAGACUCCAAACCACCAGUCAUCUCACUGGAGACUGACCAAAAACCGCACCACCCAGUCAGCUUGCUCGGGGGGGGGGGAACUCACUGUCCACACGUCACUUACCAGCCAAGGAACACCGACUGUGGUCCUGAUCCCUCGCCCCCCCUCCAUCCUUGUGACCUCAGUUGUCCCGCUCCUGCUAUCAUCCUCCUUGUUCGGGCUCAUCAGCUGCCGUUAGUCAGUCUCCUUGGACAAGAAAAGAUGGAUGGGGGGGUGAUGAGGGCAAAAAAAUGUGUGCGGGUUUUUGGCAGACGUAUAAGUGGCUGUGUGUGAAUGUGUGCGUGUGUGUAUGUGUGUGUGUGGUGCAGCCACUUCUUCGAUUGCGACAAUGAAAGUUUUCCUCUCGUCAUCGUUGCUGUGAUUGGUUGUCAUUCAGCUUGCUGCACGCCUGUCCGUCCGCCUGUUCCGUUGUUCGUCUUCUUGUCCUUUUUUUCUGUCACGUUGAUGAGCUUUAUAUUACCGGUCGUGCUGCCAAAUCAAACCUGUGCCGACGGCACACGCACCACAGUACUGUCCAGCUGCUGUUAAAUGUUUAUUUUCAAAGAGCAUUAUUAAUAUGAAAAUGAAACAUUUCUGCCAUAAAUGCCUCUUUGGCUUUGGUACAGACAGAACGCAGGGAUUCUGGGAAAUGUCAAAUGCUGAUGUUUUGGUUAAUGUCAAUCAAUGCUUUUGUUUUGUUUUACAGAGAGCGCGUGUGUGUGUCAGUUGCAUGACUUGCUGUGUGUGUGUAUGAGUGUGUACAGUCUUGCGGGAUGCUGCAGGGUCAUGUGCAUGUGAUGUGAUGACGUCGUGUGGCUUCAUGUUUCUCCGCUCCCUUUACUCUGCUUGGUCCUCCCGCUGGCAACUGUCUGUUAUUUUUUAUUACUACAAAAACUAGUAAAAUAGGUGGCUUUCUGUGAAAGAAAACUUGCCCAAGGAACUGUGUGGCAUGUUAAAACUCUAUAUUUGCUAUCUUGCUUUUCUCGUUUUCUCCAUUUCGUUUCUUGGAUGAUGCGUAUUGGAUGCUGUUUUCCUGUGUUGGCUGCUUUUGUUGUUGUUUCUUUCUUCUUUUUGUCCAAAGAAAGUGUUGAUUUAAAAUAGUGAAAGACAUGCUGGGCACAUCACAGUCUGUGGACUCAAAGCCGUCACAGGUCUCUUCUUCUGUUUUGGAAACGUAGGGAGGACGAGCGGACCGUCGUCUUUACGGAAUCGAGCACUCGGACGCAGCCGCUCUCCUCCCUUAGAUUCUCUGUCAAGUCACUGGUUGUUAAUCAUACACGGGCCUCCUCUCAGUGUGGAGUAUCUUCACCCGUCUGGUGUUAAUUGAUUAACACCCGACUGUUAAUUAUCCGACUUUUCCUCCCAGUGAAUUUGAGAAAUCCUAACGAGCAUGUGUCACUGUAAGUAGCCUCAGAGCGUAGGUCCUGCUUUCAGCUCGGUGCCUCGGCCUACAGGUGAGGCAGAAUGUCUUACAUGGGAAAACACGUGAACCCCGAGCCAUGCAGCCAGAAGAUACUGUGCACGUGUAGGAGGGCAGACCUGUGCUGCGGCUGAAUUAACAUAUGAACCAGCUGUCUUACCUCAAAAGGGAUCAAAGUUCUAUUAUAAUUAUUGUUUGGUGGCAAAACUCUCCCUCCUUUGACUAAAUUGAUGGUAAGAUGUUAUUGUAUGAUAAAGAUGAAGAUUUUUAUAUCUUACGAAUAUUAAAAAUUCAGUUGCUACGACAAA